AUGAAGCCUGGCACACUGGGCGCUAUCGUUGCUGCCGUUGCAGCUGCUUUGUAUGGAGGUGUGCUGUUUCCACAAAUACCGAGCCCCGCCGAUCCCGAUGUGUCUAAGCUCAGCAAGCGCUUCACGGACGUGAUCGGCGAGUCUUUGAACCUGCGCAUCAGCUGCAAGGGACAGAUGGUGCGAGAUCGUGACACCUUUUUCUGGUCACUUUUCACAGACAAGUUUGGCAGCAACCCGAACACCCCUUACAUGUGGAAUGCGCUGCCAGCUUUCGGCUUUCUCCUGCCAAGUCCAAUGUGGAACCUGAGGCGCGACGACGCCGUCGUCCUCAUUGCCCGGCGGCCGCCUGACGUCGAGUACUUCUCCUUCACUACCUUUGCGCUCUGGAUUCCACGGCGUGGCCUGCAGUUCAGCAGCCUGGGUGAUUCCGUCAACAACUUGAACAUUCGGGAGACUCCCGAGGGCUUGUUUGCCCACGUGGUGACAGCGAAUCAGAGAACCUUCGACCUUGUCCAAGCGGCUCUUGUCGGUAGUGGAUUGCCCAGCAGCGCGAUCAACCUUGCCGUGGUACCUUCUGACAUUGGUGGAUUGUUCGACGACUGGACGCAUUUCGAGACCGUGCUGAGACUCUUUCGCUUCGCCAACCAGAGUGACGGAGAUGCUUACCUCCAUUCCCACCACCCGGUGUACUAUCUCAAGGCACUGCAUGGCGAGGUGGCCCCUCUGCCCACACCCGUCUACAAAGGCCGCCAUCACCCCAGGAGCGUCCGAGAGGGCGGGCUUCAGGCCGAAUUCGAUGUCUACAACCAGAAGAUGCUUGCGCAGGUGGGCCAGGCCAUGUCACGAAAGCUGGCAGCGGUGCGACCUACCCGGUUUGAGCCGCUGAUGAUCCAAGGCCUGCAGUGUCUGCAAGAGGGCACCGAGUGUCUUGGGGAUUGCCCUGAUGCGGCAUAUUUUGGGCCCAACAUCCUCGAGGACAGCGACGUAAUCGAUAUGCUGGAGUUGUCGGGGAAUGAACUGCACCUGGUAAGCGUGGUGAACCAUCGCCUUCUGAAUGCCUCGAUCUAUGGGAGUGUGGCCGUGCUGAAGAGCGCACGCCCAAGCCUGAGCAAGACUCACAUGAGCAUCCGUGCCACGAGCCUGGGAGUGACGAGCUUUGACUUUCCAAAGGAUCCGUUCGUUACGUGGGCAUUUACCAGGACUUCUGCCAUCUGUGAGCAGCUGGGAGAAGCUGUGGCUGGUUGCUCAGUGGUUGCAGAUGACCACGUGGAGCGUGCUGGUUACCUUACCUACUGCGAGAGAGUGUAUCUGAAUCCGAUCACGGGUACAGGCCCAGACUGGCAGGACCUGAUCUCAGCAGUGAUCUACCGCCUGAAGCUCGAUGAGUUGCCGAAAAGUGAGCCUCCGCCUUCCUCGGACUUGCCCAGCAGUCUGCCGCCGGCAGUUCCCGUCACCGUCUUCCACGGAACGGCGGCGGGUCUCCGUUUCUUGCACGUCGUGAAGACAGGCGGAGAGUCGCUGGAACUUCACCUGGCCAAGCAGCCGGCGCCUUCUUUGAACUACGGCGCCUGCCGGGCCGCCGCAGCAAAAGCCCAGCUCUGGCCCGAGACGACGGCCCGGACCGGGCCUCUCUGCCUGGCUUUGUCCCGGGCGGUGACGCUGGCGCUCUGCGCCGCCAACUGUGAGUGCUGUGCACGGGAUGUGCUGGAGCAGACGCCGAAGUCACAGGCUCCGCUACUGAAGGGUACCCUCCUCCGUUCGCCGAGAUCACACGUCUUAUCUCUCUUCUCCCACUGUCACAUGGCGCACCACAACACCUGGAAGAGGAUCUGGGACGACCUGCCUCAGUACGCAGCCGAGGGGCUUUUGCGUGUUACGGAGGCUGCUUGCGACAGCCACUGCACCCACUUCAAGCCCGACCCGAUCGAAGACCUCCGCAGCCAGCUCGAACAUGUAAAAAACAGCAGUAAAGAAGCACUCGGAGUGCAAGUCAUUCCCUUUCUGCGGAACAUGCAGACGCAUGCCUUGACCUGCCGGACGUCACAGGGUAGCCUAGGGCAGCACUUUCGGGACCUGCACUCCGAGGAGGCUCUGCCGUCGAUCGAGGGCGCCCUGGAAACGCUCCGGCGCUUUGACUGGAUUGGGCUGACGGAUCUCUACGAGCAGAGCAUCUGCCUUCUACAUUUUCAGUCCAAUGGCAGCUUGCCACGCUCCUGCGACUGCUCCGAGGGCCCGGUAGCGCCCCGCCUGGCGCUGCCCAAGUUCACCCACGGCCAGAAGGCACUUUCCGCGGAGGAACUGCCCCCAGACCUGCUGGCCCGCAUCGAUGCAGAGACAGAGCGGGAUCAGAAGCUCUUUGCCGAAGCUCUGAGGCUGCUCCUUGGCCGCCUUCGGAGGGUCGAGGAGCUCACCGGAGCUUCCUUGCUCCGCUGCGUUCCCUGGCGCCAGCUCUUCCGAAGGACGCGAUACAUCCCAGACCUUUGGGCUUCCGACUCGCACCUCGCAGGCUUCAAGCUGAAUCACCGCGAAUAG